AUGAAGAAAAAUAAUUUCUCACUUCUACUAAAAACUAUUAAUCCAGUCAUGAAGGUUUCAUCUACUUUACUCGUUGUUGCAGCUACCACUUCUGUCUACGCUUUAGACCUUUCUGAUAUUAAAUCAGCCGUGACUAACGCUGCUGCCGAUGCCCAAUCUCAUAUUACUAGUAUCGCUGGUGAAGCUAAGACUGCUAUUACUAGUAUCGCUGGUGAAGCUAAGACUGACAUUACCAGUGUUGCUGGUAAUGCUGCUUCUCACAUUACCAGUGCUGCAGCUGUAGCCAAGACUGGUAUUACUAGUGUUGCUGGUGACGCUAAAUCUGCUAUUACAAGUGUUGCCGAAAACGCCAAAUCUCAUAUCACUAGUGCUGCUGCUGAUGCCAAAUCAGAUAUUACUAGUGCUGCAUCUGUCGCCAAGACUGGUGUUACUAGUGUUGCCUCUGAUGCUAAGUCAGGAAUCACCAGUGUUGCCUCUGAUGCCAGAUCUGUUGCUACUAGUCUUGCUUCUAAAGCUGAAACAGCUGCUGCAGAUGCCACCUCCGCCACCUCCGCCACCACUACCACCACCACCAAUGGUGCUGCUGCUGUUGGUGUCGCUGGUGGUAUGUUUGCUCUUGGUCUUUUAUUAUUAUAAAAAUUCAAUUCUCUCUUUGUCUAAUUAAUAUUAAAUAUAAGUCACAUAUAAUGUACAAUUUAGAUGUUUAAUUUAGUUAAUUGGUAGUAGAUUCUCCAACACCAUCGUUAAGAAGCCAGCGUAUAUGUCUCAAUCCGGGUAAUAAUACUGAUGUGCUUAGCCACAUUUAUGCUUUUGGAAAAUACACCCCCCCUCUCUAAAAUACCUAAUUAUAACUGAACACCCUGCCACGUUUCUAUUUCUGUUUAGUGUAUCAUAGUGAAAUUAUUUUGAAACAUGAGUUCCUCAUAUAUGACUAGAUUAUGACUUCAUUGGUUCCCAUGAAAAAUUCUUGUUGC